CCCGCGCGUUUUGGACCGCGGUUUCGAGUAUGCCGCGCAGGGUAGUGAGUUCAACGAGUGCUCGUAUUACACAGUAACUACAAUAGCCGUGUAUUCGUGCUGCUGAAAAUUUCUCCAACCAGUUUUUUUCAGCCUGGUACCCCCGCAACGCUCCGGAACUGUUACGUUGACGGACAUGGCAGCUCGACCAUUCAUGCCUUCAACACUCAGCAGCAGCUCGAGCUCAUCGGUCCAGAAGUCGCGUUCAGGCAAGGACGCAUGGCAAACUCUUGCAAAGUGGGCGAUGUCGAGAUCCUCCUCCUCAUCAGAUUCGUCUCUCAGCUCGACUAUAUUGAAAGGAAGUAAUGAGGAAGAUGACUCGCGUAACGAGUCGCAGAUGCAUCGACCACAUUCGCUAACAAGGAGCCCCCAACGUUCAUUGAGAGGCGACACAACAUCCAGGUUACAGAAUGAAAAUGUGAAAAGGAAGCGAACGUUGAGAGAAGCCGGCUCACCUCCGGAAAUGUCACCAAGAAAAAUGUCCCGACCAGAGUCCGAGAAAGUGGCAAGCUCCAUGACACCUCGAAAGAGUGCUUCGCUGGCUGGUCCAGCAGUUGCAGCGCCUCGCAGGUCAUUCUGGGGUUCUCCUCGGCGUAAAGAGGCUGCUUCUGACUCCUUAGCACAAAGUGCUGUUCAGAGUGGCAGGAAAAGUGCACCUGAACAAAAGUCUGCCGAUGGGUUCACCAGAGCAGAGCAGCGACUGAGUGAUAUACACUUACAACUUUCUGCUAGCAGUCAACGGAAAUCGAUGAAGACGCGCAAGAAUUUGGAGGGGGCAUCUUCUCCGCCAUUUACUUCAAGCUGCAGGAUCUUGGAGCAAGAAAUGUCUGCUGACAAGUUGAGCACAUUGAGGAAGCAACCUCCUAAUUCACAAGCACCUAGAAAAGAUGAGCAGAAGAAACGCAAGAAAUCCGUCAAAAGGCCAGCAGGAUACAAAGCGCUACGAGACAUAACACGCUAUCAGUCAUCUGUUGAGACUUUGAUUCCACGUCUUCCGUUUGCACGUUUUGUGCGGGAAGUGCUCUUCCGUUUGGCGGGAACCGACUUCAAGAUGCAGAAACUUGCCCUGAGUGCCCUCCAUGAAGCCAGCGAGGCUGUGAUUGUGGCAAUUUUAGAAGGUACCAACGUUGUGGCCCAUAAUUCUCGUCGUGUGACCAUUAUGAACAGGGACUUGGAUGUAUUUCUCACAUUACUGAGAAAUUAUGGCACCAUGAGUGGCUGCAUUUCCUAAAGGUUUUAAUCUUUUAUUAAUUUU